CAGCCCACCUUCUUUUCGGCCACCCCCGAGCUUUUCAGGGCUUCGGACAGCGGAGCUUUUGGGCAGGGGGGCACAUCUUGCCCCCCCCCCCGACGGAAGCCCCCAGGCAGCCCGGCCGGUGGAGGAAGGAGCAGGACCUAGGGUGCGGCCCCUCCCCAGUGGCCCUGAUGUCACGCUCCCUUCGGCCCGCCCUCGCUGCGGGCUAGGCCAUAAAUACAGGUGCGCUCACCUGGCGCGCAGGUAACCUCCGGCUCGCCGCUUCGUGGGGACGCUCCGCUCCGCCCGGCCCGCCCCCCCCCCUCCCGCCAUGGCCAACUCGGGCUUGCAGCUGCUGGGCUUCGCGCUGGCCCUGCUAGGGUGGGUGGCCACGCUGGCGGCCACGGUCAUGCCCCAGUGGCAGAUCUCCUCGUACGCCGGCGACAACAUCAUCACGGCCGUGGCCAUCUACCAGGGCCUGUGGAUGUCGUGCGCCUGGCAGAGCACCGGCCAGAUCCAGUGCAAAGUCUACGACUCGGUGCUCAGCCUCAAGGCUUCCCUGCAAGCCACCCGGGCUCUCAUGGUGGUCUCCAUCGUCCUGGGGGCAGUUGCCAUGGGGGUGGCCGUCAUGGGCAUGAAGUGCACCCGCUGUGGGGGCGACAACAAGGUCGUGAAGGCCCGGAUUGCCAUGACAGGGGGCAUCGUCUUCCUUGUUGCAGGUCUGGCGUCUCUCAUCGCGUGCUCGUGGUACGGAAACCAAAUAGUGACGGACUUCUACAACCCUCUAACACCUGUCAAUACCAAGUACGAGUUUGGAGCUGCAAUUUUCAUUGGCUGGGCUGGUGCCGCCUUGGUCAUAUUUGGAGGGGCCCUGCUCUGCUGCUCCUGUCCCGGAAAGUCGGGGGGCUCCAGCUACGGCCGCCAGUAUCCUCAAGGCAAGCCGAUCUCCAAGGCCCCCACCAACAGAGAAUAUGUCUAAUCCUGCUCUGAAGCAGCUGUGCACCUCAGUCCCACCAAUCACCCCCCCGCCCACCAUGGGAUGCCACAGACCUCCUUACCCUCCUCCUUAUCUGGGGAGUUCUGGACUCUGCCGUGACUUUGGGCCCGCCGCGGACAUUUUUAACAGCCUUAAUUUGACGCCCAGUUUUUACCCAGUGAUUUUUUUUAAAAAAAACGUUCUGUAAUUUUUUAGAAGAUACCUAUGUAAUUUUUACCAAAGGCGUUGUGUCUCUACAGCGUGUGGGGUCUGGAUUGAUAUGGGGAGGGGGGUUAAUUUUGUUAAGGGGGGGGAGAUAUUCUGUGUUGUAGUGUGCUGUUUUCAGUUGAGGUGUCCCUGUUCAAAAACGGUAGACUUGAAAUGAGAUUCAAAUCAUUUGCUCAGGAGUACGUGGAGCCAGGAUAGAUCUGACAACGGAUCAGUUUCUUUUGGCGAGGGUUUUAACGGAUGCGGAUCUGAAGGGGCAGGUAUAUUAGGGAAUAUGCACCAUUUGCAAGUGAUAAGAGCGACAUUUGGUACCAGCAAGCCGAUCCCCAACGUGUCGAAUUUGGGAGGCCUUGAAUGUUUACAAAAUGAUCCAUCCCGGGGCUUUUAUUUGGGGCAAAUGCAUACAACUCGAGCAGAAUUCGUAAAAGAUGUCUCCCCGUAAGGGCAUUAAUCUGGGAACGGAGGGGGCGGAGAGGAAUCUAAUGAAGGGAGUCUAACAUUCAGUUUAAGAGCAGAUCAAUACAAUUUUAGCAGAGAUGGGGAAGAGCUUAUAAGCAGUUAUAUUUCUGUGGCAUUAGAUGCCUUGCUUGAGCUGUAGAGGACUUGCAUGGUCAAAAUGCACUGUGGUGGAGACGCGUUUGAGGAGGUUCCAGCGAAAAUCUUCCUCCAGUUGACUGUUAAUUAAAAAAAGAGAUCUUUAGGAACAGACAAUCUCUGCUUUAUUUCUGAAUGUUGACUGCAAACACUCAAGUCUAUGCCUCUGAGGCCUUUCUCUGUGUUGCAAAAGUAUCUGCCUUCCUGGAAUUAAAUACUUUUCAUUGUUUAGGGGUAGGGCCAAGAGAGGAAUACGCUCCUAGAGCCAAAACGUUGCCUUAUUUUAAAGCGCUGUGACUCGUUCGGGCUGUGGAUGUGUGUUCUGUUGUCUCUGUGAUGCUGAGAACAGAUUUUUCUUUUUUACAGAAUGAAUAAACCUUUUUUUUAGAAAGUU